CAACUGUCUCUUACAACUCUCGCGGCAAAAAUCGUGACGUCCAAGACGGAUAAGAAGGAUUCAGCGGAAACAAAGGACUUUUCAGGUCCAGCAAGCAGUUUUUCAGUUUUGUUUAAUUUGAGGGAGGUAGGCGCAUUCUCUAAAAGAAUUAAUGGGAUUAAAUUAGAGAAUAGCCUGUCAUCUUUCAGUUCAGGAUGCAAAUAAUUAUCAAUCCCCAUAAAAAUCUUAAAAUUCCUAUCUGGUCAAUGAUAGAACUUCAAGGAGAUCUGCAAAGUAACGAAAAAGCAGCCCCUUUUCAUGGAAAGAUAAUUGGUGAUCUGCAUUACAAUUUAGAGGGCGAACCUAUGCUGAUUAUUGGCCAUCAUGUAUUGACUGGCAGAGUGGCAAAAUUGGAAAAACCACUUGCAAUUCUCAAGAAGAAGCAGAAAGAAGAUGAGUUUGAGGUCACCGAGUACGAGGUUCAAGGUAUGGUUGUGCAAAAACUUUUGUUCAGUGAAAGGCCCAGGCCUAUCGUCGCUAAUGCGGACGCAAUUUUUGUAAAAUAAACUCAAAUUUUUAUUCUGAAUAA